AUGGCUAAAAUAUAUGGGGAUGUUUACACCAUACAUCUGCCUGGCAAGCCGAUAGUUGUUAUCAACUCCAAGGAAAUGGCUCGCACAGCAUUGGUAACUCAGCGGGAUACGUUUUCAGGCAGACCGUAUUUCUUCACACAGUAUCGUUUUUCUCGUGGAGGAAAAGGGCUAGGAUUCAGUGAUUUUAGUCCAACAUUGCUUCUUAACAGGAAGAUUGUUCAUUCGGGCCUAAGAAUGUAUCAACCCCAUUUAGAAGGAAGGAUUAUGUUAGAAGCGGAGGAGCUGACAAAACGGUUACAAAAACAUAACGGUCAACCGUUCGAUCCAAAAAUGUAUAUUUUUCUAGCUGUAGUCAACGUCCUAUAUUCAAUUUUGUAUGGAGCCAAACACCUCGAGGUGGACGACACAGAGUUCCUGGAACACAUUGAGUAUAGCGACGGAGUUGCAAGUCUCUUGGGCCCCCUAAAGUUACUGAACAUUUUUGGCUCCAUGGCUGAUCCACUUUCCCAUCCCUGA